GAAACAAACAGACAAAUGCAGGGAGGCAAAAAAGAGUUAAUCCAUUUAAUUAUCCAAAAUCAACAUAUAUUCAGUAUUGAGCAGCCACACUCACUUCCAAUAUUUUCAACAUCCAUCAACAGCGAAAAAAUGCAAGCAGCUGCUGUGUCAACAAUGGCAGCUUACACGACUCUUACAGCUUCUCCAUCAUCAUCUCACCUUCCACUUUUCAAAUUCCAAUCCGCAUCAUCAUCUUCCUUCCAUGGCGCUUCUCUCAAACUCCCCCGUCAAACUCAAUCCCUAACUUUAUCCGUCGCUAAAAAACCACUUGCUGUUUUUGCCGUCACUAAAAAAGCUGUUGCUGUACUAAAAGGAAACUCUGAGGUUGAAGGCGUUGUCACCUUGUCUCAAGAUGACGAUGGUCCCACGACAGUGAAUGUCCGAAUCACCGGUCUUACACCAGGACUACAUGGCUUCCACCUUCAUGAGUACGGUGACACGACAAAUGGAUGCAUAUCGACAGGACCACAUUUCAAUCCUAAUGGCUUGACACAUGGUGCUCCUGAAGAUGAAAUCCGUCAUGCGGGCGACCUGGGAAACAUUACAGCUAAUGCUGAUGGGGUGGCAGAAGCUACUAUUGUGGACAGCCAGAUUCCAUUGAGCGGGCCUAGUGCUGUAGUUGGAAGAGCAUUUGUUGUGCACGAGCUUGAGGAUGACCUUGGAAAAGGGGGUCACGAACUUAGUUUGACCACUGGCAAUGCAGGUGGAAGAUUGGCAUGUGUUGCCGCAGUUCCCAAAAAACGCACAUCUAUAUCAAAAAAGCGUAUUCGUAAAAAUUGUUGGAAAAGGAAGGGAUAUUGGGCAGCAUUGAAAGCCUUUUCAUUAGCGAAAUCACUUUAUAGUGGUAAAUCAAAAAGUUUUAUGAGUGGCAGUAGAAAAGAAGAGUAGAUGCAUAAGCAUGCUUUGAAGUUUGAAUUGAUGAAGUUUCUUGAGGUUUGGGAUUUUGGAAACGGGAACAUGGUGAUUUACACAUUUGGUGUCUUGAUAGAAAAAAGGAUUUAGGAAUUGGAUAUUUUAAAAUAUGUAUAACAGAGGGAGAAAUCUAUCCGGGAUUUUUUUAAACUGAUGAACAGCUAAUCAUGCUCCGUGUUGCUUCAAUUACUGUAUUUUGUCUGAUCUUAUAAGAUGAGUAUCUUGAACCAACUGAAUGUUUUAAUAUUACUGAUUUUGCUUUAACUUUAUAAGAUUGUAGAUGCUCUUUAUUUGUUCACUAGUUUAAGUGAUUGUGUGAAUGAUAGUUUGACUUUGGCAAAUGUCUAAAUUUAAAUCAUCAUUUGUAAAUGUUGCCUUCAUAACACUUUUUUUAUUAACUUCAAUGAGCAAUGUCUGUCUGUCUCUUGGGACGUGUAGACUCGAAAACUGGAGGCAAAAUAUGAUCUUAAGUACAUCGGCUAUAUGCAACAGUUUCUUCUUUUAUUACACUUUUAUUUUAGUUUUAUGAAAUGUAAUUGAUAUUUGUCACUAGAAUAUAUGAAAAUAAUGAUGAGUUGAGGAGAAAACAUUUUGUACAUAGGUUGUGCUGAAAUAGUUUUGUUUUGAAUCAGAUUAUAAACAUGAGGUAAAUAAAGAGAUCAAUAAAGAAAUAUCUUUCACUGUGUUAUUUUACUGUCAUCUAUGAUCAAAAUGGUUCUUGUGCUGCUAUGCAUAUAUUAUAUUGGCAAACCAAACUAUGCAUAUCACAAUACUGUUAUUGACUGUGAAUUGAUGCCUUCGAAUUUUAGACAAACAUCAAGUUGUUUCGGCAAGAAUGUCUGUUAGUGUUGUUAGUUGUUACCAGUUGUGCUGUAUGCAAAAGGUUUUUGCAUGAAGCUUAAAUUACAGUCUAUAUUCCUCCGAAAUGAUGUUUUUUUUGUGUGUGUUUGCGUGGAGUAUCUUACUUCGUCUUGAAUGACCAUUAUUUAGUCCAUAACUAAAUUUUACUCGACUCAUUGACGAGGUUCUUUUUGACUAAAACCAUGCUGGAAAAUUCUCCCCUCCUGUUUUAAUUAUUCAUUUCAAUUUCUAGUGGAAUUUCGACUCAUGAUAUUGAAGUGAUUUACUCUUGAUGUUGACUUAAAAUUAGACUAGUGUGCUAGUAAAUAGAGAGUGAUGUAGGAAAGCAUGUGUUCUAGUUAGAUUAGGACUAUAACCUAUCUUGCACUUGCACAGAAAUGGAUAUGUUGAUAAGGGAAACCCUGAAACAGAAAUCAGCGAAACCAUACUAAUUACAAGAAUAGGUUAUAAGUAUAAAGUUCAGAAGGAAUCUGAACUGAAAAAUAAAAUGCCAAAACACAGAGCUCGAUAAGUGUCUGUACAUUAUAAGCUAUAGUAUUAGCUAGGUUUAGACUGAAGUUGCAAUAAUUACCAAAAGUGCAUGUUUUGUUGGCUUAUUGAGUAAAAAUCAUUGAUUUAGCACAUACUCUUGUUGUCGGAGUUCCAUCAGCAGUUUAUGUAGUUAUAUAUGCAAGCUGUACAAUAAUUUGAGCUACAUUGUCAUCUGGAAUUUUUAGUCUGCACUUUGCUUUUUUGCAUAGUAACAUGGUCUGUCUAUUAACUUCAA